GCACGUGGCGCGCACGUGCCCAGCCGACUCCCCUACGGCUGCCGCGUGUCGCCCAUGCGAGGUGCGCUCCCCCGUCGACAACGACGCCGGCCACUGCCAAACCGCUGCCGCGCCAUUCCUGGAUCCCACCACCCCUCUCGCUCUCGCUCCCCGUCGCCGUCGGCCGCUAGCCGCCCCCACAGCCCACCCCUUUUGGCAGGGCCUGCAUCACCACGCGCGCAGACGCGUCCCGAAGAAUCUCCCGGCGGGAUCCACGACGGUGGCGUGAAUCAGUUCCCUGUACAUCGGUUCCCUCCAAUCAGACGCCGCCGUGGCUGCUGCUCCUCGCUGUUCUUGAUCGGAACUGGGGAAGGAAGCGGCCCGCUUCGGUUGUCUUCUUCCUUUGUUCAUCUUCUUUUCGGUUGAUGGAACCGGACAUGGUCAUCGGGCGCCGAGAUGGGGCUGGCGGCGCGAGGGAGGAGCGGAGGAGGAAGGCUGAGCUGGUGCAGGAAACCGUCCGUGAGCUCCUGGAGGACAGGAGGAGGGAGCGCCAGCGCCGCGAUGGAGACGGGGGCACCGAGGAAGAAGACGAAGACGGCCUCCUCUCGUCGUUGCUCUCCAAGGUGGAUGCAAUGCAAAAGAAUGACGAUUUGAACUUCCAUGCUAAUUCUGAGGAUAGACAAGAAACCGGCAACGAGGUCAAGUUACGCGACAUAGCCAAAGACCUGAACAAAAUCAAGAGGCAGAACAUGAUCACUCACAUUCUACUCGGCACCGUCAUUGUCAUGACCGCCGUCUGGCAAUUCAACGAGGUGUCGUUUCUCCUGGCCGUGAAGAAAAAACUGAGCAAUCCUUUCAAGUCACUGGGGGAGUUGAUCAAGGGUUCCCUGAAGGGGAGAGGGAGGCCGAUGAUCGAGGCACCACCGUUGCCCCCAGUUGGCGUCCCUGAUGUUACUAGGAAUGAUUUGCCAUUGCUACUCAUCAGCAACGGCAACGGCAAUGAUGAUGACUGAGAAUUAGUAGGAUUGUUAUGCCCACAAAGGUCUGAAGGCUGAUUGCUGCAAUGGAAAACUGUAAAUGUUGUUUGUUGAUUCCUUGGGUUGUUGCAGAUUUGUAUGUUCAUCUUGGUAUCAACUGGAAAUGCGCCGUCUUCUUCUAAGAAUUGGAAGCAGAUGGCCUUUCUUCAGUUGUUGAAAAGACAUCCUUUCUUCAGUUGUUGAGAAGACAUUUUUGAGUUGUUCUUUAAGCAAUGAAGUUUGAGAAUUAAGCAGCUCGGGUGCUUGGUUCUCUUGUUCUGGACUGACGUUCUGAGUUUAUUGUUUCCAUGUAAGAUAGGAGUAACAAUGAUCACAGAAAAUUUGUUCAAUGCUUCGAACUGUUCAUCUUGUUCACCAACCGGUAGAACAGAACUCUCCCAGUGGUUUACUACUAUGUUGAGAUAGCGAUGAACCAUUAUAGCUGUAAAUUCUGUGAGCUCAAGGAAGAAAAUGCAUCAU